ACGACCUUCACCGCCAUUACCUGAAAAGGCCUCAUUUUCAAGGUCGGAAGCCUAAUCUCCAUUCACUUUCUUUGCCGAGCCCUAGAUUUUCUCGGCCUUUGUCGCUGUUUCCUUCUCUUUCGCUUCGGAAAAAUGUAGGGGUGUUGAUUCUUUACCGCACUUCCUCUUUUUAGCACCCUUCUUUCACUUUCUCAGUCUUCUUUUGGCAAGAAUGGCGAACGCUGCAUCGGGGAUGGCUGUGCAUGAUGAUUGCAAGUUAAAAUUUUUGGAGCUGAAGGCAAAAAGAACCUACCGCUCUAUAGUUUUCAAGAUUGAGGAGAAGCAAAAGCAGGUUAUUGUGGAAAAGGUUGGUGAGCCCACUCAAAGUUACGAGGAUUUUGCUGCCAGCCUUCCUGCGGAUGAAUGCAGAUAUGCUGUCUAUGACUUUGACUUUGUGACUGAAGAGAAUUGCCAAAAAAGCAGGAUUUUCUUCAUUGCAUGGUCUCCUGACACGUCGAGGGUGAGAAGCAAGAUGAUUUAUGCAAGCUCAAAGGACAGGUUCAAGAGAGAGCUAGAUGGUAUUCAGGUAGAGUUGCAAGCAACUGAUCCUACUGAGAUUGGUCUUGAUGUUAUUAGAAGCCGUGCUUGCUGAAUUAAAUGCCCGGUGGUGCGAUGGGAAGUCCUCCAUACUGUCUGCUUUACUUAUGUGAAAUGUUAAUAGGUUGUGGGACACAGAACUUGCUUAGAUAUGAUAUUGGCUUGUUGUUCAGUUUCAUAUUCGAAGCCUUGUCUUCAUUCCAACCAACUCCAGUGAUCUUGGGUAUACUUUGUAUUUUGUUAUUUGUGGAACUCUGUGCAAGUAUCUCCAUUUGGCUUGAUAUCUACAAACUAAUAUGUGAUGGUCUUGGGGGUUUAGACAUCACCUUCCAGUAUGUUUGCAUGUUUAAAAUGGAUGUUGCCCCUUUUUGCCUUUAUUUGUAUUGAAAAAGGGGAAGCCUUUGGCUCCUUAAGGCUUAGUUGGUUUAUUGGUCCUUCUUUUGGAUGAAUUAAAAUAUUUGUUACAAGUUAA